AUGAGGACAUGCGUAGAAGUCGUAUGUGCCAUAAUUCUUCCACCAGUUGGUGUCAUCAUUCGCUAUGGCUGUGCGGUGGAGUUUUGGAUUGCCUUAUUGCUGACGCUAUUUGGGUAUAUACCAGGAAUUAUAUAUGCACUUUAUGUCAUAUUACGAGAAACUUCGUAAUUAUUUUAGUUUACAUUACAUUUUUAAUUAGUGAUCAAUUUGUGUAAUGUGUGAUCUGAUUGACAUAUUUUAAGAUAUAAAUCUUCAUUUUUGUUAAAUUUUCAUCUUGUUUUGUAUAAUUAGUCCACCUUUAUACUUGGACUUUCUAGAUUUCUUCUGUUUCUUUGUCUUGUAUAAAUAUUGGACUUUGCCCAAUUGUUCCUGCAGAGCAUGUUUGGAAGUGUCUAUCAAAUGCUUUUGGUUCAAGUGCUUUUAGGGUUGAAAAGCACUUUAAGUGCGUUUUUAAGAAGUACUAGUUAUAUGCUUCUUUUAAUUAGGAAGCACUUUAAGCAUUUUUUCUAAAAUUCAUUUGUAUUUUUACUAAGAUAGAUACUAUAAGCACUUUUAUAAAAGG